AAUUCUUACCUCUUGCUUUUUGCAUUAUAAAGGAAAAAAGAAGAAUUAAAGAACUUAAUUUCACUGAACCCGCGAACAUAGUUUUUCUGUUCGCAAAUAAAAGGCAGUGCGCAAAGUACCAGUCGGUAGUAACGUGCGUUAUGGCGGCAGAGUUUACCGAUCUGUCAGCCGACAGUAGCAAAAGAGGCAGUGUUAAUCCUCGAGUGUCGCUUUACAAGAAACCAAUAAAGAAAGAUAAUUACAGACUAGAGGUCGACAAUUACGAUACUCCACAAGAAAUUAGACGUCAGCGUUUAUUGUUCUACCAAAAAAAAAGUCGGGAUGCCUUAUUUAAUGCCGGACGAACAAUCCUCGAGGAGGUACUCAAUUCAGACGAAGAAAAUGAGGAAAUGGAAGUUGAUAAACAGAGGCGGACGAUUAAAAGAAGUCAUUACUAUGCAAAUCAGUUAAUGAUGUCAGAAUGGAUGUUCGAAGUACCACAGGAUUAUUUGGAAAAAUGGGUGAUGGUUCCCUGUCCUGUGGGUCGAAGAUCGUUUGUGAUAGCUUGCAAAGGUGAAACGAAAGCAUAUAAUAGAAGAGGCAUGAGGCUUGGACGGUUUAAAUCUGCACUUCCUGGAGGCAAUUCCAAUGAGCAUAAGAGCAGUUGUACUAUAUUAGAUUGUAUCUGGAUAAAAGAGAUGAAAAUGUACUUUGUUUUAGAUAUAUUGGCAUGGUCUAAUCAGCCUCUUCUCAACUGUGAUACAGAGUUUAGAUUCUUUUGGCUGAAGUCACAACUUAAUGAAAUUCAAGAACUGAAGGAGCAAAAUACACUAAGGAACACCUAUCCUAUUAUUCCAUUACCAAACACUUCCUGUGAUUCGAAUAUUUAUGAAUUUUUGACAAGUUUAUCUACAUUACCUCCAUUGGAUGGACUUUUAUUUUAUCAUCGAGAAGGACAUUACACUAAGGGACGAACACCACUUGUUACUUGGUUGAAACCAUUUAUGCUUCCUGAAGUUCUUGGAGUUCUAGUACCUCCGCCAUUCGAUGAGAAACCUGAAGGAUACAUUGAUUUUAAACAUUAUGUUUUAAGUAAUUCGUCAAAAGGAAAAAGAAAAACAUCUGUGGAUAGCAAUAUGGAAACUGCAGACGUUGAAUGAAUAUCAGUCAGAAAAUAUUAUUGACCAAACAAGAAUGUACAGGACAUAAAUAAGUUAAUGGUUUAUCAUGAAUGUGAACUACUUUAAAACAAAACGGAUAUAUAAUUUCAUGAAAUUGACGAAUGACGAAUGACUGGCAAAAACGAUAUUGUAUUUUAUAACGAAGCAAACUAAAUAAAACAGCUGAAACAAUAA